AUGGCCAUUUCCAGGGCCAAAGAGCAGUUUGAGCGAGACAAGGUCAGCAAGUUCCAGCGCAUGCUCGAACUGGAAAAGCAGCGCGCACUGGAACGCCUCAAUGCAGAUCCCACUAGUAGUAGCCCCCAUACGAACCAGUCUCCAAACACUCUGGCAACCCACACUACGUCCCCAGCCUCCCCCGUCUCUCUUUCGUCGGACUCAAACCCCCCUCCAUCUUAUCUGCGAAGUCAUCCGACUGUCUCACGACGCCCACUGCCCGUCGAUUCACCGCUUGCCACGCCCAAGAACGAUUUUCAUCCUGGAAAGGCUCGACAAGGAGGAAGCCAGGAAGUAGAAGCAGCAGAAGCAGCAGAAGCCGUGGCAGCCAACAACUCCACCUGCGAUGCGGCCUCGACCACCACUGCUCUAAGCCAUCAGACACGAUAUGCUCACCAGCUCCCGCCCAUCAGGACGGAUAUUGGCGCAGCUUCGCUAGCUGCAGAAAUUACCGAGGCCUUUCCCACCUACCAGGAAGACGGCAGCAUGGACGCGGCGGGCCGGCGCAGACAAAGCAGGCCCAGCUCGAGGCUGGUGCCGCCCCAACCGUCGCCCCAACCGUCUCCCGAACCGUCGCCUGCAGGUCAGCCCGACUCUGGCGUUGAACUCGACAGCUCAGUAGGACCUUCGCCAGUGGGAGGAGACGAGGCGCGCGGCCGUCGGCGCCGCCUAACUAAGCCACUGCCAACCGCUGUCGCUCAGAACCGAUCGACGCAAUCAGCUGACAGGUCGGAGCCUGCGCCCGCUUCUCCCACCACAAAGCCAGGAAAGUAUUACCCUCCACAGUCCUACACCGGUUCCAAAAAGGCCCACGCAGAGUCCGAGUCACGGACACGUCAGCACCAGCAGCACCCACCCAGCGCUGGUGGCAAGGCCGGCGGCACCGCCCCAGGAGAAAGCGUGGAUGCAGCUGCCGCCGACUCGUCGAGGCGUGGCCGAUCCAGGUCUAGGUCUAUAUCUUCCCUGUUUCGACGCUCCCUCGACGGACGGCGCUCCUCUUUUGGCCUGGGCUCCUCCUCUCAGGAUACAGGCUUCAUCGGCGGCAUCAAACUGGAAAAAGAACGCCUCGAGGCUCACGAGCGAUCUCUUAGCGAGAGACCAAUAGGCCCCGAGGCGGAUAUCCACCCUGCACUUCGCACCAACGACAACCAGAAAACACGCAGGCGCUCGCCCAGUCCGUUCAAGUUCUCGACGACACAACGCAACAGCGAGCCGAGAGAUAGCCACUACCCGCCCAUCGCCAUCCGGAACCAGUCACAGAGCCAAGUCUUUGUUAAUGCAGAGCGUCCGCGUUCGUCUUCUGGCAGCUCUAUAAGCAGGUGGAAAGCCCGUGCCCAAGAAGAGCCACAUCCCGACAAGAGCCCCCCCUUCAACUGCCACCAGCACCUCUGCUCUUCCUACCGGUACCCCGCCGUCUUCCUCUGCCAGCAAUACUCGUGGCGCCACCUGGAAACAUCUAUCUGCACCGGUCAUCAGCUCGUCCCUUGCACCGACUAG